GCUUGGGUUUAUCAAACAAAAUAAUAAACAUGGCGGGUGUCCUUAAGAAGACAACGGGUUUGACCGGUCUAGCGGUUCAUAAGAAUCCGCAUCAUAUACUAGGCGUUUUGUAUAAAAAGAUUCUCCAGGCGCUUGACCAAAUACCCCAGGAUGCAACGUAUCGGAGGUCCACCGAGCCCAUUAUCCAAGAAAAGCUCGCUUUGGUUCAAAGUAUCAACGAGAUCGCCCAGCUGGAGGACAAACUGGGCUACCAGGCUGAAGAGUGUAUACAACAAGCAGAGAACGAGCUGGUCCUAGCCCGACAAUUUCAAACCUGGAAACCCUGGCUUCCUUUAGAAACCCCUGCCCCUCCAGAUCAAUGGAAGUGGCCUAUAUAAGCCCCGUUGAAAUAUAAAUGAAUAUUUCAUAUUUCUGUCAACUUCUGAACGCCAUCUUCCGCUGGCAACAAGUCUUUUCUCAUACACAGAACUUAAUAUGAACGGGGCAUAGUGCGAAUACAAUGGUAAAAUGUGAAAAUCUGAAAAAAAACUGAAGGCAACUUGAAUAAACAACAUGAAAAAGGAGAAAACGGAAUAUAAGGAAACCUAACAAUUGAGAAAACUUAUUAAACAGCCGAUUUCAAGUGAAUAACACCAA